GACAUGUGGGGGGUAAUAGUCGCCAAGAAUCACGAAUUAUAUCAAGACGAUUUGUGGAGAGAGAAGUUCGAGAAGAUAGAAAACCGAGAUCGUUUGAAGGAUGACUUAGCUAAAUUGUGCGUCGAGCGGCAAGCAAGGGACGCGGCCGAGCAGGCGGAGCGAGUGCGCUUGCGCCAGAAUAUUGAAGGCAGUGACCAGGUCUUCCACCAGUAUCGAAUGCAUAUGCACAGACAGGCCGAGGAAGAGAAGCAGCGGAAGAGAGAUGUUGCUCUGCGGGAGAUAGAGGAGAUCAGGAGGGACAAGCUGCUGGAGGCUGCCCGGGAAGACCAGCUGAGAGACGAGGACCUGAGGUAUUCCGCCUUCAGGAGAGCCUACGCCAGGAGGGUCAAGCAGAGGGUGCUGGAUAAGAUGCAAGGGAAAAGGCCCGCGCCCAUUGAGGAUCUGGACGAGGCGGCAGCGGCGGCGGCCACUUACGAGAAUAUUGUUUAA